GCUGAGUUGAAGCGCACCAGUACGGAGUGCGCAGCAGCGACUGCACCGCUGCAACUUGGAUGACAGGGGGUUUUUGGAGCCGUCGAUGAGCGCGUUUGAAUCGGUGCCUUGCUGGUGAAGACAAGGGGAUCGAGUCUCUACUUGUGGUCCCCCCCCCGCCCCAACGCACCCUCCCUCCCUCUGCCAGUCGGAUCAAAAUGAAAUUCCUGAUUUGUAUGAUCGCAUUCGCCUUCGCAGUGAGGUCUACACUCGGAGGUGUCAAGUUUGAUGAGCCAUGUGAUGGAUUGGACUGCAGUAGAGGGUGCAGGUGCAUCCCAGAGAAAGGCAGCAGGGGUCGUCCAGGAGUUCUUGGGGAACUUGGCCGCAGUGGACCGGAAGGGCCACGUGGGGCCCCAGGGCCUUCUGGGCCCAAAGGAGAGAAGGGCCACAUUGGACUGAAAGGACCAUCUGGGCCAAAGGGAGACAAAGGACCAAUGGGAGUGCCCGGAUUUCAAGGAACUGAUGGAGUGCCUGGUCACACUGGUCAGCAGGGUAGCCGAGGACCGCCGGGACUGGAUGGCUGCAACGGGACCAGAGGAGAUCCUGGAGAGCCCGGCUUUGGGACAGGAGCACCUGGACCGCCUGGAUUUCCUGGGCCGACUGGGCCCAAGGGUCAGAAAGGAGAGCCUGUUUUCACCUCGGACAAUGGUAUACCGGGUUCACCGGGUAUCCCAGGACCCCCCGGCCCCGAUGGUUCACCAGGUUCUUAUGGUCCAGCUGGUCCUCCUGGUCCCAGCGGACCUGAAGGAUUCCCCGGCCCACCUGGUCCUCCUGGUCCCCCAGGCCUAAUGGGGAGCCGUAGUGACGGAUAUCAAGGAGAGAAAGGAGACAAGGGCGACAUGGGCUUGCCUGGUGACCCCGGCCAGCCAAUGAUCAAUGGCGUUGUGGAGUUUGUGGGUUUUCCCAAAGGAGACAAAGGAAUGCAGGGUGACCCUGGUCUAAAGGGAAUUAAAGGAUACCCAGGAAUUCCUGGCCAACCUGGACCCUUUGGCUAUCCUGGGGAAUAUGGAGAGAAGGGCAUCCCUGGAUAUCCUGGGCCGAGAGGCGCUCCAGGGUUUAACGGACCUCCCGGUGUUGAUGGACAGCAGGGACUCAAAGGAAGUCCAGGCUACCCAGGCUCCUCAGGAUAUGUAGGACGGAAGGGAGACGAGGGAGACCCCGGACCCCCAGGCCCUGUUACUUAUGUUAAUGGAGGGGGCCUCGCUGUUCAAGGACCUCCAGGUGACUCUGGUUUCCGUGGCCUCCCUGGACCCCGUGGUGACCAGGGAUUUCCAGGCCCUCCAGGACCUCCAGGACCACCAGGCCAAUCAGGGCCUGGUGGAUUUGGUCCAGGUCGUCCUGGUUUUCCUGGACCUAAAGGUUCAAAAGGAGAACAGGGUGACUACGGCUUGCCAGGUUAUGGCUUUGAAGGGGCCCCAGGUGACCCUGGUGCCCCCGGACCCAUUGGCCUUCCUGGACCUCCAGGCCCUUCAAGUACACAGAGCUCAAACGUUGAUCCCUGCUACAAAGGUGAUGAUAAAGGUCCCCCCGGAAAUCCUGGGCGCCCUGGCUCCAGAGGACCACCAGGCAACAGAGGAUUCAAAGGCUUCAGAGGUGACCCUGGUGACUGUAACUGUCUUGGAGUAGACAUGUCAAGAUUUGUUGGACCACGUGGACUUCCCGGACCCAAUGGUGCACCCGGCAUUCCUGGACUGGAGGGUGUGUUUGGAGAUCCCGGUUCGCCAGGCUUAAAUGGCGUUCCAGGCCCUAGUGGUCGUCCUGGUGAGCAGGGCUUCGUCGGGCGUAAGGGAGAGAAGGGAGCGCCGUACUACCCCACCUUAGGUUUGGGGUUGAAAGGAGUGAUAGGAGAUCCUGGACGCAGAGGACCUACAGGUGAAACAGGAAAACCUGGAAGAGACGGACUGCCUGGCUUCCCUGGUUUCCCUGGACCACCAGGUGACGCUGGCUUUGGCACAAAGGGAGAAAAAGGAUUCCUGGGGUUUCCAGGUCCUAAGGGACGUCCUGGUGGCCCUGGUGAGCCUGGCAUUGGCUAUGAUGGAAUUCCCGGCUUUCGUGGAGAACCUGGAGAUCCUGGUAUUCCUGGCCUGCCAGGGCCACCUGGUUUACCUGGACCGAAAGGUGAAAACAUCUGUGAAGGGCUUAAUGGCGCCGAAGAGGGAACGGGACAAAGUCUACCUUGCGUAUAUACUGGUGAGGCAGGAGACCCAGGCACCUCCGGUUCACCUGGACAACCAGGUCCUAAAGGCCAGCCAGGACCCCCAGGAGGCCCUGGACGUCCAGGGUUUGAUGGCCCCAAAGGAGAGAGAGGGGACCCGGGUAUCGGAGGCCAGCCUGGACCUGAAGGUUUCAUUGGACCCAGAGGGGACCCUGGAAAUCCAGGUAUCCCAGGACAGAAUUUUGCUGGGCCCAGGGGUAAGGAUGGUCUCCCAGGGCGUCCUGGAGCCAAAGGCCCGCCUGGAGAGGUGCUUGGAGCUAGCCCUGGAGUUCCUGGAGCAGACGGUUUGCCAGGAAUGCCUGGAGACAAGGGCCAGCCCGGGACACCUGGAGGACCCGGAACACCUGGUUUUGAUGGACGUCCUGGUGCUCCUGGUCGAAAAGGCGAGAGUGGAGUUGAUGGUCGUCCCGGUAUUCCUGGCCUUCCUGGACUUCCAGGUGGUCCGAACGGUGGCAUUAUUGGUCCACCUGGACCUCCUGGCAGCAGGGGACUGAGCGGACCACCAGGCUGCCAAGGUUACCCUGGUCGAAAGGGAAAUAGAGGAGAUCCAGGUUUCCCUGGGCCUGCUGGAAUGAAAGGAACUCCUGGACGGCCUGGCAUUCCUGGAUCACCGGGACCAAGGGGACGCCCCGGACCUCCAGGACCAGGAACUAAAAAUGGAAUUCCAGGAGCACCAGGAAGAAAGGGUGAACGAGGUUUCCCAGGACUAAUGGGCUUCCCCGGGCUGCCAGGACGUUCUGGUUUUCCAGGAUUUCCUGGUGGGAAAGGACAACCUGGGGGGCCAGGAAGCAAUGGACUUCCUGGGCCACCUGGAUUCCCUGGAACAAAAGGUGACAGAGGAUCCCCUGGUCCACGCGGCUUACCUGGUACUGCUUAUUCAUCUGAGAGUGUAGAGAAAGGAGAACCUGGAAACCCCGGAAGACCCGGCCCGACCGGCUUCCCUGGACCCAGAGGUGACAAGGGUCAGCCUGGUGUACCUGGUCGUCAGGGGCGGCCUGGUGUUCCUGGAUUUCCUGAACUAAGUAAAGGGCAGAACGGACAGCCUGGCUUUCCUGGGCAACCAGGACUUCCAGGCUUCUCUGGACAAAAGGGAGAAUCUGGAAUCAUGGGAUUCCCCGGCACUAAAGGCCAAAGGGGCAAUGAUGGUGCACCAGGUCUACCUGGCAACCCUGGAGAACCUGGUCGGCCUGGUGCCAAAGGUAUACCGGGGGAUACCUUUGGUUAUCCUGGACCACCAGGAGCUAAAGGCCAGCCAGGAGAUUCAGGCUUCCCAGGCAGCCGAGGAAUUGAUGGUGCACGCGGUGAUAAUGGCUUUCCAGGAAGUUCAGGUUUCCCUGGACAGAAGGGAACUCCUGGUGAACUGGGACGGCCUGGAAUAAUGGGCUCUCCUGGAUUCCCUGGGCCAAAGGGUCAGCCUGGAUUCCCCGGAAGAGAAAAAGGAUCAGAUGGGCCUCCUGGCCUACCCGGAUCACCUGGAAUUCCUGGAUUCAGAGGUUUGCCUGGAGUACCUGGUUUAGAUGGACUUAAUGGCCUACCAGGAUCUAAAGGCCUCUCUGGAAUCCCAGGUGCAAUUCUAGGAGGUCUCCCUGGUGCCCCUGGUAUUCCGGGGUUGAAAGGAGAAAGAGGUGUGUCCUUUCCCGGUUUUCCGGGCUUCUCUGGUACCAAGGGAACAAGAGGGGAGCAAGGCCCUUCUGGAUUCCCAGGGUCCCCUGGUGAGCGUGGACCUCCUGGUCCUUCUCAGGUAAUAGGCUUUCCUGGACCUGUGGGAGACCCAGGCCUUCCUGGACUGGAUGGAGCAUAUGGUGUCCAAGGUCCACCGGGUCUUCCUGGCCCACCUGGUCCAGACACAGACCAGGGAGACAGAGGUGACCCUGGCCUACCAGGCUUCCCAGGCCCCCCUGGUCAGAAGGGAGAACCAGGAUUCCCUGGAGGCCCUGGAUUCCCUGGCAGAGCUGGUUUAAAAGGACUAAAGGGUGACAGUGGUUUCGUGGGAGGUCCUGGUGUCAAGGGUUUUAGAGGUAUCUCUGGUUAUAAUGGCAACAGAGGAAUACCAGGUGAUAAAGGGAUGCCAGGUCCAAAAGGUUUGCCUGGAAUUUUAAUGCCACCAGAAAAUUCGAAUAAUCCAGGAAGAGGUGAUGUGGGUUUUCCUGCUGAAAGGGGACUCCCUGGUAUCCCUGGAGUGCCUGGUCAGCCUGGUUAUCUUGGACUUAAAGGUCCGAAGGGUAACUCUGGUUCUCCGGGUAAUCUGGGCAGGACUGGAGCUCCUGGUUUUUCUGGAGCCAUUGGUGAUUCCGGACCUCCUGGUUUCCCUGGACCCACAGGAGCACAAGGUUCUCCUGGUGCAAUUGGCCUUCCCGGUAUUCCCGGCAGCGUCGGCCGCAGUUACAGCAUUGGCUACGCUCUGGUGAAGCACAGCCAGAGCCCCCAGGUUCCCAUGUGUCCCCAGGGCAUGGGCAAACUGUGGGAUGGCUACAGCCUGCUGUAUGUGGAGGGACAGGAGAAGGCACACAACCAAGACCUUGGUCAGGCAGGGUCGUGCCUCCCCAGGUUUAGCACCAUCCCCUUCAUUUACUGCUCCCCCAACGAGAUUUGCCACUACGCCAGCCGCAACGAUAAGUCCUACUGGCUCUCCACAACUGCACCCAUACCCAUGAUGCCUGUGGAAGAGGAUCAGAUACAACCCUACAUCAGCAGGUGUUCAGUGUGUGAGGCUCCAUCUCAGGCCGUGGCUAUCCACAGUCAGGAUAUGAACAUCCCCAACUGUCCCCCCGGCUGGAGGAGUCUCUGGAUAGGGUACUCCUUCCUCAUGCACACAGCAGCCGGCGCUGAGGGCGGCGGGCAGUCCCUGGUGUCUCCCGGCUCCUGCCUGGAGGACUUCCGGGCGACUCCUUUCAUCGAGUGCAACGGCGCCAGGGGUACCUGCCAUUACUUCGCCAAUAAAUACAGCUUCUGGCUGACCACCGUGGAUCCCAGGAAUGAGUUUGCCUACUCGCCAACCAAGGAGACCCUGAAGGGAGGCCAGGAGCGCUUCAGAGUCAGCCGCUGCCAAGUGUGCACCAAGAUCAUGUAGUAGGCGGAGGUAAAUGGUGGAGGAGUGAGGGGGAAACAUCGGGAGGGGAUUCACUAACAUUUCAAGGAAACAAAAACAUAAGCGAUGAUGGAGGAUGAGAUGGAAAAAAAAGAACAUGACUGACUGAAAAGGACCCUUCUCCUGCUUCAUACUAGGAAAGAAUUCCUCAUUAAAAAAAAAAAAAAGCUGGAGGUAGGAAGAGGAAAGAGAAGCGUUUCGGUGUGAGCGAUCUUCUCUAGAUUAUCACUGACAAUGGUGCUAUUGUUUAUUAUCUCUGUGUUUAUUACAUGUCUGAUUUCUUGUAACGGUUUUCGGUGAGAAUCAUUCUCGGCUACCUCGGAGAGUGCCCCGCCCCCGCUUUGGAAAGCACUGCACUGCUUACACGUGAAGCACCUGAUUCAACUGCUAUCAGCCCAUGAAGCGACCGUUAUCAGUCCUUAUCACUCCCACAGAUACCGACAGGAGGCAUGAAAUCUCUUCUACGGCUCAUUAAAUGGUGGUUGCUGGAAAGCCAUAGAGGGGCAGAAUGUGUCUGGAAUCAAACGAUUUCCACACUGAGGACAGUUUGAUUUAGUUAUGACAGCUAAUCUAAGCUUACUCGUCUGUGAGAAAGCUCCAUUUUCAGAUUUAUUUUAAAGUUAUUCAUGUCUGCAUAAGAUCAAACUGGGUAAUGCACUUUCUGCACGACUAGUCAGUACAGCAAGGCGCCUACCUGUCAUAUCUAUGGGAAGGACAAGCCUACAAAUGCUUUCUGAUGGGCUUUGAAGUGGGUAGUUGAGAGCUAAAUACCUGCUUGAGAUGUCAGUUGAGACAGUAAAAUUACAGAUUGAUGGUUGAAGGUCUGAAAGUAGGGUUUGCAUUAUUUGAUUGAACAGAUCUGACCAAAGCAGAUGUAAAGCUCACUGAAACUACCAUUUUUAGCUCGGCUGUUUUGAAGAAAAAGUCGAGCUUUUGUCAUAGCCUUGACCUCAGCGGAGGUGGCAGAGGUGGCAUCUGCUCCACAAAAACUUUUAACGGUGGCCAUAACUCUUUUACAGUUUAAGCAAAUUGUAUGUUAAGGCUAAGAACAAAACUAUCCAAACAAUCCAAAGUAUUCGUAAACAUGUGAAAGUCCCGGCGUGUGCUUCAGGUACGCCUGCGACCUCUGUGCAUUUCACACCGUGACUCUCUGGUGCUGCAUCACCAUUACUGCGGCUUUAAAGGCAAGUCGGCUUUCUCUGUUCAACAGCUGGAAAUGAUCAUAAAUAACUGUUGUUAUUGCACUGAUGUGGAUUAGAACAGUAAAGUCCAGUAAAGGGGGGCAUAUUUCUCCAUCUCCACUCUCACAGGUUUACUUCAUGCUGCGACCAAACAAGUAUUUUUUUUUUUUAAUGUCACCCUAAUUAAGCCUAUCAUUCACUCACCUCUGCAACAAGAAACAAAACACGUGCUCUCUGAUUAAUUAUUGCUGUACAUAGAGCUUACUGUAUUUCCCAGCAAAUCAUGUUAGAGCGAAGGUCUAUGACUUCGUCACUCCUUAUUUUUUUGUGUGUUUCUUUUCACUGUCCUCAGACAAGUAAGAAGAUGGCAAACGGACUAAUUCUGUGCCUUUUUAAAUGUUGAUUUUUGCAAAAGCGAAUGCAGAAAUAUGCUGAGAAAUUGAGGAAAUUGAUCAUUUUUUGGACAGUGGAAGCUACAGCAUGACUUGUAACCACUAUGACCUCUAGCACGUCUCUCUGCUGGUAGCCCCAACUUCACAUGAUGCUCUUUUUGUCUGUACUGCUUGUUUUGUAAUCUAGAUUGUAAUUACUUUUGCUUAUGACAUGACACUAUCCCCUGGUUUUAUUUACUGAGAAGUGAGGGAAUGGGAAGGUGAUGAUGUGUACAUUAAAUUUUAUGGAGGAAAAUAUGCCUAUGUUUUUAUAUGCAAAAUAUACUCACUGCUGAUGAUUUAAGCGACAUUAACAGAACAUUUUAUUGCCAGUUUUGGACUUCACCGCCUGUUCAGAGCCAAAUGUUAAAUGCAGCAGCAUACCGUAAGUGCCCCGGGUGUCAGAAAAGAAACACAAUUUUCCACAAAGAGGAUCCAUAACGAAAAAGUGGCAACAUAACAUGUCUGUUCCUGUAAUGUGUGUUUCUGUGCUCACACACUUUGAAAUAAAGUUUCAAAACCUA